AUGAAUCGUUCUUAUAUUUUUCGAAAACUUAUCAACGGGAAAACACCACCGGUGAACUUUGAAGUAAACGGGCAUGCAUAUGAUAUGGGAUAUUAUCUCGGUGAUGGCAUUUAUCCACAGAUUGCUACUAUUGUGAUGGCCAUUAAACAACCAGAUUCACCGAAAAAAUAUAAAUUUUCAUCGAUGCAAGAGGGAGCACGGAAAGAUGUAGAGCGUGGAUUUGGUGUACUGCAACAACAAUUUGCCAUUGUCAAACAACCUGCACGAAUGUGGAACCCGGAUGUGCUUGCCUAUAUAAUGAAAACGGUUAUUAUUUUACAUAAUAUGAUAGUGGAGGAUGAGCGUCUUCCCGGUGAUUGGCCACAUGAAUAUGACUCACGUAGCAGGUCGGCACCGGUGAAUAUAUCGAGGGUAGGUACUGAGGAACUUUCCAGAAUGAGAGCUGCACAUCGGCGUCAUGCUAUACACAAUAAAGAAACACAUUUUCGCUUGCGUCAAGAUUUAAUCGAACACAUAUGGUCAAAUUUUGGAGAUAAUUAUUAA